UUUAUUUUUUAUCUGGACUUCAAGCACUCAACAGAAGAAAUAGCCAUUUCUAAAUCAAUAUUUGGUGCUGGACCAUUAGGCGAUUAUUUCCUGUUUAUACCCAUCAAGCCAUCAACAUCCGCACCCAUUUACAUCAACAAAACCAUACACAUAAUCAUGUCUGAGGAACUCGUUGUUCACUUUGAGAAACUUUUAACAAGAGUUGAUGGACUCUUAUCGGCCAUAGUGACGGACCGGGAUGGUGUCGUGCUCCUAAAAGCCAAUGCACCAAACAACACCCUACCUUUCACAGAGUCAGCUUUAGGUUGUACGUUCGCACUGGCUAGUGAUCAGGCAUCAAAACUUGGACUGAAGAAAAACAAGUCCAUUGUUAGCAUUUACAAAUCGUAUCAGUUGGUCCAAUUCAAUCAUUCUUCCCUCAUAACCACUUUCGUGGCAAAUAGCAACGCUAAUACAGGCCUAUUGUUGGAGCUUGGAGCUGAACUAGAAAGCGUUACGCAAGUUAUAGCUACCGCUCUGCACGAAAGGCAUAGCGGCGCAUUGUGAGAGCAAGAAUUGAGUGUUGUAAUAAAUAUCGUCUGUGCGUAUUUCAUUAAAGAUUUAUC